AUGAUUGGUUUCGCCGGAUUCGUUUAUGCCCUGCCCGUAAUUGCCACAGAUAGCGAAAGCGAAGAGCGCGCCAGGCGGAGGCACGAGAAGCGGCGGAGGCGCGAUGGCGACACGAGGUCGACAAAGGAUAAAGACGCAUUGAAGGAGCCGAAGGGUGAAGGGCGUAGGAGAAAGGAAGGGCGGGAAGACAAGGACGGUUCGGAGGAACGAGAGGGGAGACCGACGGAGAAGAGAGAUUCGAGGAGGCGAGAUGUGGCGGAGGGAGAGCGGGAGGAGCGAGAGGAGAGGGGGAAACGAGAGGGUAAGGUGGAGGGAAGGGGGAAGAAAGAGGAAAGGAGGAAACGGAAGAAGUCAAAGCGGAGAGAGCGGAGCAGCAGCUUGUCUUCAGAUGACGAUGACGAUGAUGCCACGUCAGCUUCUUCGUCGGAGAGUGAGAGUGACGUCAGCAGCAGCGAGGACGAGCGGAGGAGGAGGAAAAAGCGCAAGGAGAGGCGGAAGAAGAAGAAGCUUCUCAAGGAGGCAAAGAAGCUUCUUAAAGUCGAGCUCUCUUUUCUUCCUCCUCCUACACUCUGCUCCCUAUACUCCACCUACCCCCCUCGUCCCUGCUCACCCCUCUCUCCACUCCACCUCACACUGCAGACUCCCCUCUCCCACCUGUCUUUACUCUUUCUCUGCCCCCUUUGCCCCCCUCUGCCCCCUCUGCCCCCUCUGCCCCCUUUGCCCCCCUCUGUCCCCCUCUGCCCCCUCUUCCCCCUUUGUCCCCCUCUGGCCCCCUCUGUCCACCUCUUUCCCGUCAUCCCACACCCCUUCUGUCGUCCUGUGCCCCCGUCGAUUACUUCUCUUUUCCUCUUCCAGGUGCCUCAGAUCUCCAAUGCAGACUCCUUCACCUGCAACGCAACCCCGAGUUUCCACCGAGCUGCACCACUCCAGACGCCUCUUCUUCUCCUCAAAACAGCCCUCACACCCUCUUUCCCUCGUUCCCGCACCCCUUCUGUCCACUUCUCUCCCUCUCUGUCCUCUUCCCCUCUCUGUCCUCUUCCCCUUUCUGCUUUCUUCCACUCUCUGUCCUCUUCCCUUCUCCUGCAGGUGCCCCAAAUCUCCGACACGGACUAUUUCGCACGCAACCCCGAGUUCUCCACGUGGCUGCUGCAAGCCAAGCGCCUCUUCUUCUCCUCGCUCUCCUCAGAGCAGACCCACGAGCUCUUCUCCCUCUUUGUGCGCACGUGGAAUGCCGGCAAGCUCCCCCCCAACUACUAUGACGGCUCAAUCACUGCUGCUGCUGCUCCUCGCUCCAACCACGACUGGGGGCUUGGAGGACGGGCAGGGGGAGCAGGGGGAGCGGGGGGAGCAGGCGCGGGGGGAGUGGGGGGAGCUGGGGGGUCAGGGGGGGCGGGGGGAGUGGGGGUGUGUGGAAUGGUUCCCUGGGGCGCUGGGGGAGCUAGUGGGGGGAGAGGAGGGCGAGGAGGGUUGGAAGGGGAGGAUGAGGAGGAGAGCCGGGCGGAGAGGAAAGCGAGGGAGAGGAUGGAGAGGAAGCGGGAGAGGGAGCGGCAGGCGAUGCGACUUGAGGAGGUGGUUCCGAGGGAGACGGGGCGCGAGGCGGUGAUUGCUGAAAGAAUGGCGCGACGCAGAGAGAGCGCGAGGGAGAGGGAGCAGAGCCCUGACAUGGGGAUGAAGGAGAAGGACGUCAUGGGCGGAGGGGAUGACUUCCAAGCCAGGCUGGCCCGGGAGAAGGCGCGCAGGGAGCAGCGGGCAGCGGCCAAGGAAGGCGGGUUGAGGGAGCGCGUGGCGAGCUAUGAGGCGAGCGAGAGGGGCAAGAUGGAGCAGCUGAAGGCGAUGAUUGCGAUGGCUGGCGGGCGCAUCACCAUUGCCAAGAGGGCAGACCCUGCUGCUCCUCCUUAG